GUCUCUAUCGAACGUACCCAUCGAAUUCUCCACGGAUCCAGGACAGAUCUCUCAUCUUUCGACGGGGCUUGGUCACAUCUGACCAUGUCAGCUGUUGACUCAGACCGAGCAGCGAGCCGUGUCGAAGCGCCCGUGUACGCCCCGGUGCAAGCAGGACCAGUCGCGCUUCCCCCUCUGGCGCCGCCGCCGCUGCCGAGAAAGGAGCACUACGCGGCGUGCUACUGCGAAGAGAAUGCCUACAUCCUCGCGACGCACCUCGCCGACACGUGCACGAGGCUCAACGACGCAGCGGCGACCGUCGCCUUGCCGGUGCCCGCGCCCGCGUCCGCGUCCGCGGCCACGGCCACGGCCAGCGAUGGCUCCCACCAGUGGGUGUCGCGCCAGGUAUGGGAUGUCGAUGUCGUCAUUGUCAGCAAUGGCAGCCGCACCGUGGCGCUCUGGCAGCAGCGCGCCUCGCGCGAUCCGUCUACACUCGUCAUUUGGGACUACCACGUCUUUGUCCUCGUCAGCUGCUCGCUCGUCCAGAGUAGGGUUCCAGCAGGGGCCCGCUCCUCGUCGUCGUCGUCGCAAUCGUUGCGCAAGGGUCAGGAUGAGGGAGCAAAUCUGCUCGCAACGCCGGCGAGGCCUGGCCUGCUGAAGCGCCUCUCGAGCUCGUCGCUGCGGGGAGUCACCCAAAGAUCGAGCAGCAGCAGUAGUAGUGGCGGCGCUGGCAGCAGCAGUGUCAAUGGCCGCUCGAGCCCGUCUCGCCCGUCUUUUAGCGGUACAGCGGCCGCCCCGCUGCAACAACAACAGCAGCAGGCGACGACGGCAGCGGCGAUGACAAAGAAGGACAAGGACAACAUGGUCGUGACACACCUGCAAUCGUGGGUCUACGACGUCGACUCCAUCCUCGGUCCAGGCCCGGUGUCGUUUCAGACGUAUGCCACAGAGACGUUUCGAGACCCUCAGCAGACACCUACCCCCUAUCGCGCCCGCUUCCGUGUUGUAGCGGCCAACGACUACCUGGCGUACUUUUCCAGCGAUCGGAGGCACAUGAUGCUGGCCACGCGCACGUUCUCGGCCUCGUCGCUUCGACCGAGCGCAAGCCUGUCUCGCAAGCACAAGACCACCUCUACCGACCCGAAGGACAGCCAAACCGAGCGCGUAGACAAGACAAGUCCAGCAAAAGAGAAGGGGGAGGAGGAGAAAGAGGAGGAGGGGGGGAGGGGGGGACUGAAGAUCCGCUGGGCAGCAGAGCCGCCCGAAUGGCCGCCAAUCUGCGGACCGCUGGCCAGGGUGGGGCGAUCGAACCUGAUGAGCCACUACGUCGACAUGAAGGUCCGUUUCAAGAGCCGGUAUGGCCUCGUCUUGACGGACCGCCAGUUUUUGCAGGCGGCGUGGAAGAGGGUCAGGCCGGGUGCGACUCUCGAGGGCGUUGGCGAGCUCGAGCUGAGCGUGAGGAGCCUCCAGGACAUGGAGGCGCUGCAGCUGGGCCUAGAUCAGGAUGAAGGGGAAGAAGAAGAGCAGGAGGAGGAGGGAGUGGGCGAGGGAGAGGAAGAACGACGUAGAGGAGGAAGAGGCGAGGAUUUGGCGCAGACCGUGGACCUAGAGGAAGGGUACGAGGACGAGAUCCAACAGGGCUACGUGGAAGAGCCAUCGCCCGGCGUCGUCGUCGGCGACGUUUCGCGACAAAGCUUCGAGCACUACCUGCCUCAGGCCACUGGUCCACCUCUUCGACCGCCACCACCGCCACCUCCAGGAUCUGUAUCCAGCACCACACCAGCGUCGAGGCGAGGAGGCAGGGUGAAGGACCCCCUCUUCCCAGCCUAUCUCGCCGCAUCGCUCCAACACAGGGCCGCGCGCUCACGAGGAAGCUACUUGGGCGUCGAAGACUUCCUAGACACAGACAGUAGAGGCGUUGCAUGA